AAUUUAGAAGCUUGGACUAGGAACGGGCUUCAACCUCUUUUCCCUGUCCUGCAUUGGAAAAUACAUGCUGGGGUUGAGAAAUUUAUUUGAGCCGUCCGGGUGAAAGAGUUGAUGAUUAGUGAGGUGGAGGUCAUUUUAAGUACCAAAAAUGAUGGGGAGAAGACUGCAAUCCCGAUCAGUCUUGCUCACGUGUUGGGUGUUGGGUGUUGGUAGCCUCACGAAGACGCGAUUGGCUGCUCUUGGAGCUGACGGCCCCAAAUUAGGCCCCAAAUCUUACAUUGCGAAUGGAAUGCGAGAGGAGCUUAGACGUGGCGAUUCAGUAACAAGAUUUCACUGCGACAUGACUGAUGCGGUCAAUGUGCUCUCUCAUGCAUGCGAAGCAAUAUUCAAGCCCUAUGUGAGACAAAAAAUAAAGAAACUUUGUACCAUUUAUCGAGGGACUGUCAAUGAGCAAGAAGUUGAAGCACUCGCUAGGAAGGUCUCUGCGAAAUUGAGAAAUGUUGAUAGGGACAUAGCGAUUGCAGAUGGAAACAUCUGUACACAUGCAUGGGUCAGGUUGUAAGGCGUGGUGGGUGGGUCACACUUUCUCCGAAUAAGGUGCACACAUUGAAGGGUGGAACACUGCGGCCAGUUUGCUGGGGAGGAUGUUGUGCGAAACCGCUGAGCAGCGGUUCGGACAUGGGGCGACACAAGAGCGCGGGUUUUCGUGAUCCGCCAGGUAGUCUCCUGCAAACAUCAAGCAAGCUUGAGAGGGCGUGGCGAUUUGUUCAUAGGGCACGGUCGACGGGCGGUAGUAGUCUCGUGACGCAAACUCGAGGACAUCGGCGGCAGCGGAUUAGGAUUAGGAAGUCAUCUGCUUCCACAUCCGUUGUAGUUUAGAUGGUUAGGAAGUGGAGAGGCGGAGCGGAGGUGGAGCGGAAGCAAUGGCUGCGACGUGAUUGCGAAUAGGUUUAGCUUAGCAGCGCACAAUCUUCUCUUAAUGUAGUAUUAGCAGCUAGUUACGAAUAUCAAGUUUACAGAACUAGGUCUUGACUACACCCCUGCCUCAUACAAUCAAUGUGCAAUAACCAUUUUUGCGUGAACAUGAGGCACCAAUGUCAAUAGCCAAGGGCACUGCUUCCUCGAUGACGGAGCACUGCCCCCAUACUAGUCACACCUCACCAAUCCGAAAAAAGCGAGAGUACCCUUUUUUGAUUGGUAUGGAGUAGAGUGUAAUAUUACUGGCCAGACGCCCGUGCAACCUGCUCCCUAACAUAUCAGGGAUAAUACA